AUGGCAGAGAGGAUUAAUUAUGGUUUCAUUGGCUCCUAUAGGACCAAAGCCCCAAACAAUGGCAGUAGAUCUCUCAACUCACAGGUAGAUAAGCGUUUUGCGAUUAAUGGCAUAAAGCUAAAAACUCACUGCGUCAGUGAGCUGAGACAAAGCGGUAGAAAAGAUAAUGUUGUAGCCUUACCAUCACUGAGUCACAAAUCUGACUCCAUUCAAACUGUCAGAAGUGACCUGGGUCCCAAACCUAUAGUUCCUCCUAAUGAUCCAUCUGAAAAAUCCAUAUUAACUUUAGCCAGUGACUUCAAGAGCAUCCUGUCCGCUUCAAGGGUCGGAACUGAUAAGGGACAUGAGGAGCACAAGUUGGCAGUACAGGCUUCAAGAGGUGAGAAGGAUUCUACCAUGAAAGGGCAACAAAACUCCACAAAGGAAAUUAAUGUUCUGGUAGCGGAGCCAAAAAUGGACAAUGCAGAAUUUGAGAGAGUGAGAAGGGAGCAAAAGGAGUUGGUUGAGAAGCAGCGGAGACAGUUAAUGGAGAGAACCUCUCAAGUGAAGAAAGAAGUGGGACAUCUAAGGCUGCAGUUUCAACCAAACAGACUGAAGUAUGUCAAUUCUACUGAGAAGACCAAGCAGAGGGAGGAUGAUCUACUUCUAGCUAGAGCACAUCUGUACGAGCUCAAGGAAAAGCAGCUGGGGGGACUGAGAAUUAUCGGGUCUCCAAUCAAGUAUGCAUCAGUGGUGACAAAGAAACCUGCAGUUUUACAUCUGGUGGCUCGUCCAAAGAGGGAUCUUGAAGCAAUAUCCAAAGAAGUUGCAAAAUAA